UUCGCACGUUUUUGCUGUCCUAGAGUGGAGUAGAAGGUCUGGGAGCUUUGGGAGGAGAAGGGGAGGACAGACGGGAGGCGUGUUCCUCUGGAGUUUUCUUUUUCUUGAGAGCUCUCUCGCGCGCGCGCGUACAGUCAUCUCUGGUCUGGCGAUUGUGGACAGGAGGUGGAGAGGCUCCAUCCCACCCGGUGGCCGGAGGCUGGAGGCUCGGGGAGACCUCCCAGGAGAAGCCGUGCCCAGGAAGUCUUCCCAAGCGGAGGCAGCUGUGCGGCCGGGGCCGCCGCCUAGCCGGAGCCGGGACCCACGCCACCCACCCUCGCUGGCUCCGCUUCCUCUCGUCCAGGCGCCGCGCGCGCACCGAGCAGCUGUCUGCGCCCGCCGAGCUCCACGGUGAAAAAAAAAAAGUGAGGGUGUAAAAGCAACACAAUAAGAGACAUUUCCUCGAAUUUGCAUCAAGAUGGAAACCUUUUGCCUCAGGGUGUCCUUUUGGUUGGCGCUCUUUGGAUGUGUGAUCAGUGAUAAUCCUGAGAGCUACAGCACGAAUCUGAGCACUCCUGUGGACGAUUUCACCACUUUCAGUGGGACAGAGCUCAGCUUCCUGGUUACCACUCAUCGACCCACUAAUUUGGCUCUCCCCAGCAAUGGUUCAAUGCACAACUAUUGCCCGCAGCAGACUAAGAUUACUUCAGCUUUCAAAUACAUUAACACUGUGAUAUCUUGUACUAUUUUCAUCGUGGGAAUGGUGGGGAAUGCAACCCUGCUCAGGAUCAUUUACCAGAACAAGUGUAUGAGGAAUGGCCCCAACGCGCUGAUAGCCAGCCUUGCCCUUGGAGACCUUAUCUAUGUGGUCAUUGAUCUCCCUAUCAAUGUAUUUAAGCUGCUGGCUGGGCGCUGGCCUUUUGAUCACAAUGACUUCGGCGUCUUUCUUUGCAAGCUGUUCCCCUUUUUGCAGAAGUCCUCGGUGGGGAUCACCGUCCUCAAUCUCUGUGCUCUCAGCGUUGACAGGUACAGAGCAGUUGCCUCCUGGAGUCGUGUUCAGGGAAUUGGGAUUCCCUUGAUCACUGCCAUUGAGAUUGUCUCCAUCUGGAUCCUUUCUUUCAUCCUGGCCAUCCCUGAAGCAAUCGGCUUCGUCAUGGUGCCCUUUGAAUACAAGGGUGAACAGCACAAAACCUGUAUGCUCAAUGCCACAUCAGAUUUCAUGGAAUUCUACCAAAAUGUAAAGGACUGGUGGCUCUUCGGGUUCUAUUUCUGCAUGCCCUUGGUGUGCACCGCCAUCUUCUACACCCUCAUGACUUGUGAGAUGUUAAACAGAAGGAAUGGCAGCUUGAGAAUUGCCCUCAGUGAACAUCUUAAACAGCGUCGAGAAGUGGCAAAAACAGUUUUCUGCUUGGUUGUAAUUUUUGCUCUUUGCUGGUUCCCUCUUCAUUUAAGCCGUAUUUUGAAGAAAACCGUGUAUGAUGAGAUGGACAAGAACCGAUGUGAAUUACUUAGUUUCUUGCUGCUCAUGGAUUACAUUGGUAUUAACUUGGCAACCAUGAAUUCAUGUAUAAACCCAAUAGCCCUAUAUUUUGUGAGCAAGAAAUUUAAAAAUUGUUUCCAGUCUUGCCUCUGCUGCUGCUGUUACCAGUCCAAAAGUCUGAUGACCUCGGUCCCCAUGAAUGGAACAAGCAUCCAGUGGAAGAACCAUGAACAAAACAACCACAACACAGACAGGAGCAGCCAUAAGGACAGUAUAAACUAAACAUCUUAAGAAACAUUAAUCAAUUUUCCUUCAAAUCCUAUUGGAAAAGAAAAUCACACAGCAACUGUGUCUCCAGAAAUCUCUUCUCCAAUCCUUCUCCCGUGACUCAGUCCCACCUCCUAAAAAAUGCUUUCCAAAACAUUGGAGGGUGGACUGGUUUAUACCCACAAAUUCAAUGAAUAUUACUUCUUUAAUUUAUCUAAUUUACAUAUUCUUCAUGUUAUAUUCAGCACUAAAAAAUAGUGGGAGUUGGCAAGGGGAAAAGAGACUGUUCAAUUAAACCAGGAGAAUAUUUACUAUUUUUGCAUGAAAAUAGAGUUUUUGAGGACAUGACUAGCUUUCAUGGCAGUUCUGUCGAGUGUUCACUGAGAACUGGUCACCAUGAAAGUUUAGAGAUUUAUGACACGGUUUUCUAUUUUUUUAAGUGAUUUUUUUUUUUUGGCCAAACCCAGUAUGAGUUUGUCACCUUUAUUUGAAAUGUCAUUUGGUGCCAGUAUUUUUUAACUACAUAGUGGCCUAAAAAUGAUUAUUUGGGCUUAUUUAUACAUAUUUUGCAAAAGAAAAAAAAAAGAAGUAAAACAGAAUUCAGGUAAGCAAUUAGGUUAAUGUUUCUCAUGUCACUGUUUUAUUUUUAAAACAUGAAUUCUCAAGCUACAACACAUACAAGCACUUAAAGCAGAGACUGAUACUCACAGAUGGCAGUUUAAUAGCUGCUAUUCAAAGAAUUUUUAAGAAACUAUAUUUUCUUUUUUAAUGGUGUUUCAUCACAGGAGAUCUUCAGCAUAUUUUUAUGUUAAAUUUAAAAAUAAUGCUUGAGUCAAAUAGUUCUAUUUUUCAUGAGCCCAAUCUUUUUUUAUGUAAGUAUCUUAUGUAAAAUCAGUAUCAUGUACCAAAAUUUAAAUGUAUGUGUCAUUCAACUAUGCCCAAGACUGUCAGUGCAAAUGCAUAGAAGGCUGAAACACAUCUAGGAGAAAAGGAUUGAAUAUUUUUAGAAGAAUUGGAAAUUUUCGUUGAGUUUUUUUUUUUAAUAGUAGCAUGUAUAUGUGUGUAUAUGUAUAUAUAUGUACAUAUGCAUAUAUGGGUAUAUAUGUACACAUAUAUAUACAUUAUACAUAUCACCUCAUAGUCUCUUGAUUUCUCUUAAAAUGUUAACUGGCAGUAAGAUUUUUUUGGUCAUUCUCUUUUCCAUAUGGGAAACAUAAUUUCAAAGUGGCCAGCUGAGUUUGUCAUGUCAGUGAAAUAUAAUUACCCCCAAAUGCCACCAUGAACUUAUGGUUCUUCACUUCUCUGGGUUUCCAGUAUGAACCUAAACACCUCCCCCACCCCCACUCCUCACAUGGUCACCAUUUCAAAGGGCCCAAAGUGACUUUUGCUGGGCAUUUUCCAAGAUGUUUACAGACUGUGAGUAUAGCAUAAAAUCUUUUACUGUGUGUAUAUAAAUAUAUAUAAACAACUGUACAUUUCUUUUA